AUCAUCUCUAACCCAAACAACUCAAGUUUGUUGUUUAUUGAACAAAACCCGCGAAAUUGUUAAAAUUAUAAAUAAAUGGCACAAAACCCACAAAACAUUGAGCUUAAGCUCCAAGACGUCGAUGUUUUAACAGCAGGAAUUGUUGCAGAGUUUGUAAAUAGCAUACUGGACUUCCUGUUAUUUCACCGCAGUCAAAUUCCAUUCGUCUAUAAAACAUACAAAUAUUAUGUGGAGAAAUGGGAUGAAACUAAUCAAACAGAUAAUGCGCAAGACUCCUUUAAGCACUAUCAGUUACAAAAACAACGAUCCUUAGCUAAGGAGACCAAGGAGGCCAUCAGCAAUAUGCGAGAACUAAUACGAACUACAUUUAAAAGCAGCAAAGCGGUAAAGAGUUUACGGUUUUUAUUCGGGAAUAAUACAUUCAUGCCGUCAGAGUCUUACACAAUACACAUUCCGCACACAUCCAUAUCCAAAUACCACGGUGAUAUGCACUCCAUGGCAGAUGGACCCAUGAACCAAACACUUCUGCAGCUACUCACCUGCGAGGAUCUCUAUACGCUCUGGUCCACAGAGCUUAAGGCCACUAAUGUUUUCCUGGAGCUGGAACUGUUGAGCCAUGAAAAGGAGGAACAGAUCGAGGCUUGGAAACUAAUCCCUAAGGAUGUUAUUAGUCAGUUGCCACGUAGUUGCAAGAAUGUGCAUUUGCAUUUGUUGCAUGUCAACGAGAAAGACAAUGCAGAGCUGGAAUGCUGCAAGCAGUUGGCUAUAUACGAGGAUAUCGCCAUUUUGAAUUUACAUCCAACAGAAGCCAAUGAGGAAGUGUGCAUUAAGGAGACAGAGCAAAUGACUGGUUGGUGGCAGGCAGAUGUAAUAGUCCGCGGAUUUAGGGCUCCCAAAUACGACUUAUGGUCAAACUAGAACCUUAUAGACAUAAAUUCACCAUGUAGUGCCAUUCAAUUUAUUAAACUUUGCGGAUUUUUAUUAUAUAA